AUGUCACACACCGGUAAGAUCGCAUACGUGCUGAAUAAUGACGCGGAGGAGGCUAGCUCGCCCGCCGCCGCCGUCGGCUGUUUCGACAAGCACCAGCUCACUAAGCUGCUGAUCCAUACUUUAAAGGAGCUGGGCUACGACUCCGCCGCUGACCAGUUGCUCCUGGAGAGCGGCGGGUACCAGAACGAGUCCAACCACAUCCAGACGUUCUUCAAGCUCGUCAAGGCCGGGCAGUUCCAUCUCAUCGAUUGGCACAUCGUGUGCUCGCUGCCCCUUGCCAAUUGCUCGCCCCUGAGGCCCGAGUGGCUUCAGACACUGGUCGUCGUCGUCGCCGCUGCGACCGCGACCGCGACCGUGACUGCCUCUUCGUCCUUCGAUCAUAUGCUGCUGCAAUUGCAGCAGCUGCAAUUACUCAUGGGCUCCGUGAGCUCGUCCACUUGCUCGGACGCGGAUAUCGCCACUCUCAGAAACUACGUCGAGAUCAUGAUCCUCGUCAACAGACAGAUUUUCCUCGAGUUCUUCCACCCGGCAGCAACCGCAGCCUCUCACGCAGGCCCGCGCACUGCGCUGCCGGUGCUGUACCUGCGCAAAAUCCUCAAGAACUUCAUCGAGAUAUGGGAUUCGCUGUUGGUGUCCAACGACCAAUUUCUCAACGAAGAAAACAUCUUCAACCCGGAAACCACGCUGAGAGAACUGUCCACGUACUUGACCAACCCGAAGCUCACCGCGCACCUGAACCUCGAGCGGGACCAUCUCAUGGACGCCAUCUCCAAAUACAUCGACCCGAACGAGCUCGUCCCGAAGGGCCGUCUCCUGCAUCUCUUGAAACAGGCAAUCAAGUACCAGCAGUCGCAGGACAUUUUCAAUAUCAUCGACCCGGAUGACGACGCCUCCUUCUCCUCGUCCGCGCAUCGCAUCAACCUUUUGCAGGAUAACAUCUCGCACGACCUGACAGUGACCUUCCAGGAAUGGAAGACGAUCCAGGACACCACGGACGAGAUCUGGUUUCUAACCUUCUCGCCCAAUGGCAGGUAUCUGGCCUCCGCCACCUCCGAAUCUUCGAGAGGCUACUUCAUCACAGUCUAUGACGUGGAGCAAGACUUCAAGAUCCACAAGACGUGCGUGAGUUUGUCGCAAUCUGUACUGUAUCUUAUGUUCUCUCCCAACAGCCAGUACCUCGUCGCGUGCCCCUUCAGUGAAGACGUUACCAUAUACGACAUGAAUGCCACCUCCCGCCCCGAUGCAUCCGCCUCAGACUCGUUCUUACCGUACCCUUCCACAAGGCUCUCGCCCAUGGACUCGUUCAAACUGGACACCUCCCCGUACCUGGACGAUACGGAGUCUUCAACGUCGUCUUCGUCGAGACCCGCGAAUGCAAAUUCCAGCCAAUCAAGGGUGUGGUGCUGCGAUGCCUUCCACACCGCGCAAUAUGCAGACUGGAUGGUGGUCGGAUCGCCCGACAGAGAAGCUAUUGUCCACUCUCUCACGACAAAGGAAUCGCUCUUUAGCCUAAAGGGCCGGACUUGUAUCGCGCUGGGCCACGAUGAAAACAUUUCUGGAAGAAAACUAAUCGAUCCGACAAAGGUCCUCUACGCACCCAAGGCAGGCGGCAAUGGCAACUGGCAAUACGUCGAGGACGACGAAACUUUCCCACGAGUGCACGAUGUGAAAAUAAGCUACGACGACAAGUAUGUGCUCUUAAUGACCCACCAGGGCGUUAUAGACGUCUACGACUUCAGCGGGUUCCCCUCCAGAGAGGAGCUAUCCAAGCAAACGGUUGAUUUGAAAAACUUCCUGAUCCCAAGAAUCGCAAGACUGGACGUCGGCAAAAACAUGACUUGCAUUUCACUACCGUUGAACACCGCGCACCAAGACGGCCAUAAGCAACAAAUAGCGGAGUCUCAAUAUUCGGUGCUGGUCAGCUUGCAAGAUAACGAGCUGCAAAUGUGGGACUAUAGGGAAAACAUCCUUAUUCAAAAGUACUUCGGCCAGAAGCAACAGCACUUCAUAAUCAGAUCCUGCUUUGCCUACGGAAAUAAGCUUGUCAUGAGCGGCUCAGAAGAUGGCAAGAUUUACAUUUGGGAUAGAAUUAGAGGUAAUUUGGUCUCCGUGCUAUCUGGUCAUUCUACAAUAAUGAGUAACUCUACGAAACCCAUGGGGAAAAAUUGCAACGUAGUCGCGUCAAACCCUGUAGAUAAAGAAAUGUUUGUUUCUGGUGGCGAUGACGGUAAGAUUAAAAUCUGGAAAAUUUCAAGAAAUUAA